AUGAAAGCCUACUACUACGACAACCUCCCCGGCGACCAACGUCUCCCCCACGACUCCUCCCGCCCCGUAACCCCCUCAACCCUCUCCUCCUUGGGAAUAAUCCACCACCACACACGCUCCCUCUCAGAAGUCGACGCCAUCGCCUCAUCCCGCGCCUACAAAAACCGCGACACGAUUGAAAUCUCCCCCGAAACCCUCCCGGACUACGAAACCAAAGUCAAGAAUUUUUUCCAUGAACAUUUACAUGAAGAUGAGGAGAUAAGAUAUAUUUUAAAGGGAGGGGGAUACUUUGAUGUUAGGAAUUUGGGGGAUGAGUGGGUGAGGAUUAAAUUGGAAGAGGGCGAUUUGAUGAUUAUGCCUGCGGGGAUUUAUCAUCGGUUUACUACUGAUGAGGGGAAUUACACGAAAGCCAUGAGGUUGUUCAAAGAGGACCCGAAGUGGACUCCGUUGCAGAGGGGGGAGGAGACGGAUCGGAAUGAGUAUCGCAAGGAGUAUUUGGAGCAGACUUGCAAGGCUUGA